AUGUCCAGCAAGCUUCCAACGUCGUCGUCAAGCCCAGCAGUGACAUUCAGAAGCUUCAGCUCCACCAUCCUGCGUCACGACCAAGACGAGAAAGCACGGUCCGAGUCGGCCGCUCCUCAGGCUGCCGAAGUACCGACCAACGCGAGGACCAAGAGCGCCAGGCUUCUCGCAGAAGAGGUCGCCGAUGCGGAACCGACACUCGAGUACCUCGACUCGCUCAAACCGAGAGCGCGCCGGCUUCAACCUGAGCAGCAGCGCCCGCGACGCGGCACCGUCAACCCCUUCGCCAAAGCCUCGAGUAACAAGAAUAGCGCCGAGAACAAACAGUGGGAGCGCACACGGGUGCGCAUCAACGCCUCGUUCACCAGAGAUCAGCUCGCGUCGCUGGGAAGAGCGGCGAAGCUUCCGGGUAGCUACGCAAGGACGAUCAGGAAGGACGAACUUGUGCGCCGGAUCAUGGUGCACCGCUUCGGCAUGGAGGAUGCACGGGAAAGGGCGGAUCGAGAGAAGCGUGAGGAGCUCGAGAAGCGGUCCGUCCACAUCGCGUUCCGGCCGUCUGAGAUGUAUCUGCUAUUGGCGAGAGGGUCUGGUAGGGUAAGACAGGAGGCGAGCAAUGCGCAGGUGGCGAUUUUGCCCAAAGCACCGGCGAAGGAGAACGCACAGCAAGGGAAUGCAACGGAGAAGCUCGGGUUCUGGAUACGAGGCAAGGACCAGGGCAUCGAACGCAUGACAAAGUGGGUGGACGAGUUCAAGCACACGAUCAAACACAGGGACGAGGAAGUCGUACUUUCCGCCCAGGCACAGGGAGCGGAGACGUCGGAUGCCGGUGUCAGCGAGGUUCUCCCCGCCGAGCUGGUGCGCUUCAUCUCGCAGCUUUCGCGGUGCUUUAUGGAAGCGAGUCCGAUUGAGAACGGCAAGGUGACGCUCUCGCUCGCCUAUCUCGACGAGCGUGAUGCACACAAGGCGGUUCUGCUCCUCCGCCAGUACCAUGCCCAAAGCGCGGAGGCCAUGCAACGCAUCGGCGCAGCUGCGUACAGCAACCAAAUCGAUUCGGAACGAAAGUAUUCGAUGCUGCCCUUCGUACCCAACGAGCCGACACCAUGGACCAAGCAGGCGGAUGACCUGCUUUACGGCUCGCAGUCGGACAUUUCCUUCCGCGUCGCCAGCGUUCCCGAGCUGAACGCCUUCUCCAUGCUUUCCACCGCCCGACUGCCCACGAUGCAGCUCGAGGCAUGGUCCAACCAAGGCGACCUCCCGUUCUCGGACCCUUUCCGCGCCUUAUUCGACUCUGUGUCCGCAUCUGCAUCCUUCGACGCUGCCACCAAGGACCUUGAGCUCAGCGCCGAGCUCGGCUACGUCCUGUUCGAUUCCAACGGCCUCUCCCUCGCAGACGAGGACGUGUCGGAGCCCGAGGUGCUCUCUCGCCUCUCGGACCCGCUCGCGCCCCCUCGUCCUGGCACGUGGCCCAUCAGCGAUGUCCUCUCGUGGACCCGUCAACUCCGCACCCGUUUCGGGCGUGAGGCCUCCCGCUUCGUACCAGCAACACUAUUCCGCUCGCAAAAGAACAUCUCGCUCGACAUCUGGCUGGAGCGCCAGGGCUGGGCGAUCCACAGCGAGGGGACGACGACGCAGACGACACUCGUGUAUCAGUCUGCGGACGAGGGUUGCGCGGAACAAGGGACCAAGCUCGAGGUCGUGCUGACCAGGAGGCUGUCGGAGACGGGUGGGAGACGCGGAUGGCAGGUGCACGAGGCAAAGUGGGUUGCCGAGGCGCAAGGGGACCUGAUGGUCCCGGACAAGGGCGCGGAUGUGAGGCUGGGUGCGAGAACGAUGGUCAGGCUCGAAGGGGAGGAGCUGGGUGAGGUAGUGGAGGCGCUGGAUGCGUGGAACAGCUCGAAGGCGAUCCCGGCCAAGGUCGACGUCGAAGCGGCAGAGGCGGAAGUGCAAGCGGCAGAUGCGGAGGAGGAAGUGGACAACGUGCUCGGUGGCGAGACCGAGGUCGUGGAGGCCGAAGCUCCGCCCACAGAAGCGCAGGAGACGGCGAAGAAUGUCCCUGCGAAGGCAAGCGCUCUGCCUCCGUCGAUGCUCAAUCUGAAGGCCGGAAAGAUGGCCUUGGAGAGCGUGACGAGAGCGAGGGUGCAGACGUACAUGCAGCGGUCUGCGAUGGCUGCUAUCCGCUCGCAGGCGGCUGCGACUGCCGAGCCUGAGGUCGCUGUGUCCUCCGCCGCGUCUGAGGCAGCAGCCGACCAGAACGAAGCUGCGGAAUCACCGUCGGUCACGGUAGAGUCUUCGGAGGAGCCGGUCACAACGGCUGGAGUCAGUCAAGACGAAAGCGCCCCCAGCGAUCCGAGCACAUCCUCGGACGCAUCUGCGGAGACCACCGACGACUCAAUUCCUCCCACGAUCGCUGAAGUAGCCCAAGGCGAGAGCGCCGAAACAGCCACACCCGCAGACGCACCUGUCAUCACCAAUGACUCGACUGCGAUCACCACCGCUGAAGUUGCUCAGGACGCACCGAUCGAAGCAGGCAUCCCGACAGAUGCGCCAGCACCAAACGAAUCGACUCCCAUCACCACCGCUGACAACGAUCCUCGUGCCGGCGCAGACACACACGUCGACUCAGUCCACGCAGCCGAGCAGGCCUCAGCCCCGCUCUCACCUCUGCUCAUCCGCAACAUGUCCCAAGACGUCGUCACCGAAACCACCGCCGAGUCUUUGCGUCUGGUGUGGCGCCUCCCUCCCUCGUCACCGCAGACCGUGCCCGAAUGGCAAUCUCUUGUCUCGCCCAUCUCGGCCCUCCUGGACCGUCACGAUCUAUCCACACGCUAA